AUGUCAUCGUCGUCAUCACGACGUGGACGAGCAAGGACUAGCAGUAACAGUACACCAGACUUGCUUUGGGUUAAUAGGACUCCAGAAUCGGAGACGCUGUCAGCGACACGACAAGAACGAGAUGAGCUCCGGACAAUCACCAGCCAUGCCAGACACUGGCGGGCCGCUUUGCGUCGACAGCAGAGACUUUACAACGCACAGAACCAAGCAAGUCAUGCACAAAGCGUUGUCGGCUGGGGAAGAACAGGCAAUCUCUCAGAGACCAGCUCUGCAGAGACUUCGGCAGCACCUUCUCCUGUUCCCCUAACCACCACGGUUAGCACCACUCCCGACAACCCAUUCCCAUUCCUUGAAACGCCCGAGGAUGCAUGGUGGUCGCAGACAACCUUCGAUAAUGCCGUGAAUGAGUGGCUGCCGUCCAUCUUCCAGAAUCUGCAAGCUCUGGACGAUGGUGUGUCUCCGGAAUCGAUCACUGACACAAUCACGCACAUUGUCCAAGGCUGUCUUGCGAAUCGAAUGCAUAUGUACUGUCUCCUUGCGGCGAGCAGCGGCUUUUUCAAAUUUGUGCUACACCUCCGAUUAGACCGCAACGACGCUCCAGAAUACUGCAUGAGCAAGGCCCUUCAACACCUGCGGCACUAUCUGUCGGGCCAGAUCCAGCCCGGGCCACGAGCCGAUCAAAUGUUGGUCUUCGAUCUGCUUGCUCUUUCCACCUUCGAGCGAUAUACCACGAGCUUUGAAGGUGCAAGGACGCAUCUCAAUAUGGUCGCGAACCUCGUGCAGAUGCUGGGCGGCAUAGCCAAUCUCGACGCGCCCAUCCGAGCGCUGUAUCGACUCUGGGACCUUCAGAGUGCUGGCGGUAGCGGGGAUACGCCAUUCAUUGCGCUUGACUGGGAUCCUGGGCUGUUACCGCGGGAGCAGAUGCGUGACAUUAUCCUUCCAAGCCUGGCUAGGGGUGGUAUCGUUCCCAGUGGAGUAGCGCUGGUGCAGUACGGGUUCAGAUUUAGACCUGACAUCCGGACAUUGGUCAUCGACGUGGUUCAGUGGUUUCAAGUUGUGCAGUACUGCCAUGUGACCAAUUUCUCGCAGUCUCCGAUAGAGAGAUGGUCCGCGCGAAGGGCCUAUGCUCUUGCCCAUCGACUUCUCUCGUUGCCGUCGAACGACCCAGAAUCUCCUGGUGGAGCGAAUAUUUACGCUGAGGUUUCAAAACGUCUCAGCCAGGUCUUCUUGCUCGUGAUAGCGGACAUGGAGAGUACUAGAGCUGCAAGAACAGCCUCUUCAGGGCCGACAGCAGCUGUCUCGGAUCCGUCGAGGUUCUCCUUCACAGAUGUGAGUCGGCUCAGGGCCCAUUGGGGUCAGGACGUCGAAGGAACUCGGCAGGAGGAUGUCCAGGACGAGGAGCUCAGGUUCUGGAUGGCUUGCCUGGGUGUACAACUGGCACAACGAGAGGAAGACCACCAGUGGUUCGUUGGGGUUGCCAGACCCAUGGCUCAACGGCUGGGUAUAAGGACAACCGAUCACCUUGCGCAGUUCAUGUCGAGGUACGUGCAUCGUUGUACGGCGACAGGCAUGCCAAAGAUCGAUGGACUCGAGCCUUUGAUCGAAUGA